AUGCUCUUCUCAACAAUAUCGACCGUUGGCACUGUGAAUAAACCGAACUCAAGUCGGCACUAUGACAACCUACAGUCUCCUGAGGAGCUCAAUGCUUGCUUGCUCGUAAAUGCUUUUUACUCCAUGCUCAAAAUUAACCCGCCUAGUCCGAACGGCGCACGAUAUGUGGUUCAAAUCAGAGAUUAUCCAAAUAAAAAAGUCCUAUCCUACUCAUGCACAGUCCUUACCGGGCGGGGACAAUAUAAGUGCUUAGUCACUCUGAAUCCUUCGACCGGAACAAACAAGGGCCUAGUUCCCCAGCUGACCACUAAGAAAAAAGUUGGCAGUGGAAGGGUAGAACAAAGACAGGCCUGGUUCUCAGCUACUACCCAAAAUGGUAGUUGCAUCUGUUUUCUCCUGGGAGGUCACUCGGCAUGGUAG